CUGGGGGCGCGUCUGGAGAAGGAAGCGGGUUUCAAUUUCAAACCCAAAUAGUCCGAGGGACGAGCCAGUGGAUUGAAAGAUAGCAUUUACCGAGGAGUUAAUAUACCGCGCUUUGUGGCUGAAAGUAUAUUUAGCUCAGAUCCGUGUAUCGAUGCCUGGCCGCGGCUCUGGUCGGCUCUGAAUCCUCCAAAAAGUCGCUCAGUUUUCCGCGCUGCUGUACUGGAGGAGAAGUCGACCUGCUUGUUUUGUCGCAGGUUGUGAUCACAACGGACCCCGGACUAAAUUAAGAAACACCAUUUCUUUUUGAUUACUCGCUUGUUUGAAAUAGAAAGGUUUUUUUUUCUUCCGGGGGGUGUUUUUUUGUUUUUAUUUUAGAAACAUGCCGAGGUCCAACAGGCAAAAGGAAUACAAACCCGGAGAUCUGGUGUUUGCUAAAAUGAAGGGGUAUCCACACUGGCCUGCGAGGAUCGAUGAGUUACCUGAAGGAGCCGUGAAGUCGCCCUCAAACAAGUACCAGGUGUUCUUCUUUGGGACGCAUGAGACGGCUUUUCUGGGAGCCAAGGAUUUGUUCCCAUACGACGAAUGCAAGGAGAAGUUUGGAAAAGCAAACAAGAGGAAAGGGUUUGCUGAGGGACUCUGGGAGAUUGAGAACAACCCCACUGUCACGCAUGAAGGCUACGAGUCAUCGAAGAAGGACAACUCAUCGGAAGGAGCAGGGGACACGGGCGGCUCAGAGAAGGCAGAUGGCGAGGGCAGCAGUGACGAGGAUGAAGGAACUCUGGUCAUUGAUGAGAAGAAUGAGAGGGCAGGGACUAAACGAAAAGCAGAAUCCACAGAGGGAUCUCCCAAACGGCCAAAGGAAACGGAAGCGGAAGGCGACAGCAACAAGUCUAACACGGAGGCCAAGAUGAAUGAUGUGGUUGAAGCCAAGGAAACGGCGCCUUCCUCACUGAGCGAGUCAAAGCCCGAGGCCCAGGAAAACGCUCCAGCAGGAGGUCAGCUAACAGCAGAGAAGCCUCUGACAGAGAGUGCUUAACGUCAGCUCAGAAAUAUCAAGAAACUUCAAUGCAUCUCUGUGGAAGUCAAGCAUCAACAUGAUUACUCGCAGGAUGCUUGAUUCCUGCUGUUUAAAUUGAGAAUAAUUUGAGAAAAAGAAGAAAAAAAAAACAAAACAAAAAAAACAAAUCUACAUCAAUUAGGAGACAAACAUCCUUAUUUGCCAUGUUGGGGAUAUCAUAUAUCCCGGAAACAAAAACAUUUGCUAAUCUGACUUUAAGCUAAUUUGAAUUGAGCACUUUCAAGCUCAUGUAUAAAUGGGAUUUUGGUGUGUAUAUAUUUUUUAUUUUUAAGUGCAAUUACAUAAUUACAAAGACUGAAUGCUAAGUGUCAAACAUUUCUCAGUUAGAAGGAAUAAAUUGAAUAUAUAAUACAUAAGAGAACAUUAAAAUCACAAAAAAAUGACAAAUACUCCUAUUUGAUGGUUUUAAAACGUAGAUAUUGUGUAGAGAAAAAAAAAACACAUUUUCACCAACACUCAGCUUUAAUUAAAAAAUAACAGUUUUACAUUCAUUUGUAUAAAUUAGCUUCUCAUUUAGUCUUAUUCAGUCAUUGGAUGCAUGAUGAGUUGCAUUUAGAGUAACCCCCCCCCCCCCUUCAUUUACUAGUUGGCUCUUUGGCAUUUUAAUGCAACACAUUCUGUUGCUUUGGUGUGUAUGCUUCACUGCUGGUGACCAAAUUGUGUGAUUAAUUUCACAGGAUCCCUAAUAGACAGACGUGUUGGCUUUUAAACAUAUUGUAAACCCCAUUUGAGAAGUGGAAAGUGAAGUUAUUUUUGGACUGAACCUGUUCAUUUGCAGUUACUCAUGUAGUAAAUUUCUCCGUAAUUUUCUCGGCUAAUGGUUUGAAAGCAGAUGGACAUUCCUGAAUGUUGUCUCUUGUUUAAUUUUGGAUUAUGAAGGUGGUACUGUGAGAGAAAAUGUACUUUGAUUUAUUUUUUUCUUUUAAGAGCAUCCAGUUCAUCUGAUUAUGAUUAAAAUCUCUCAAAACCCUCAACUCAGCCUAUCAUUUCAGAUUUAUCUCAUAGAAAUGCUGCCACUGCCCGAGAAUCAAGAUGUAAGUUCCCACGACACUUGGCAGCAUUGAGACAUAAAUUGUACAAUAUAUUUCAUUUUCCAUCUAUGAAAGUAUCACUGAAAUUGUUAACACUACCAUUGUCUGCAUAGUUGUUUUUUUUUUUGUUGGUUUUUUUAAAAGAGGACGAUAAUGCAAGAGUAUUAAUUUUCUUCCCUUUUCCUUGCCCUCUUACUAGGAAAAAAGUCUGUUUAAAGUACAGUGGUCUUAUUGUUUGACGUUGAAACAAUGUGAUGGAUGUGAUUUUUCUUUCAUCGCUACAGUGCUCUUUCAUGUUUGUGGCAAUGUUAGGCUACAGUGUAUAAAGUUCUGAAACUAAAGGAAAGAUCAUCUCUGGAAAAAAAAAUAAUAGCUGAGUUUUGUUACAAGAUUACCACCUCGUUUUCACCACACUGCUGUCAAUAUUUUCAAAAUACCACUUGAAAUCUGGAAUAAAUUCUGUUUAAUCUGGAA